CUCAAAACCGCGCUUUUUCUUUAAUAGUUGAAAUGCAAAGGCGUAUUAAUUAGAAUAUGUAAGAAUGAGUAGUGUAGAAUAUUUAGUUUAGUGCACAUUGUUCUACACUAUAUGGUAAAAAGAUUAAUCUGCUCUCUGUUUUGUAUGAGAAGUGUGUGUAGUUAUAAUCUGGAACCUGCAGUAUAGAGUGUUGAAUUGUGAUAUGGGGAAAGGUCGUAAACCCAUUGUUCUGUGUAAAGGACAAGCAAAAAUAUCAAGUUUCUUUGUCAAGAAAAAUGAACUGCAAAAUCGACAGAUACUGCCUGUUUUGUCAGAUAAAAAUAAUGCAAGCGUAACUCCUGGGGUUCAGAAAUCCCCAUAUUUUAAGAAGGAUACAGUUAAGUCUCCUGUGAAAGAGUUGCCACAAGAAGUUAUACUUUCUGAAGAUGAAUUAUUAGCAUCACCAAAGAAGGAAGUAAAGGUCAUGGAUGAAAACUGUGAUUUAAUUUUCGUCUCAUCAAAGUCAACCUCUACUGCUAAAAGGAAAUUGUACAGUGAAGAGGGCAUUCCAGAUAUCAUCCCAACGACACCCACUGCUAAGACCAGAAAGUUUAGCCUCUCAUGCAGACGCACAAAACAUUCAAAGAGAGACAGAUGUUCCUCAGGCAAAGAAAGAAAGCAGGAUUUUUCCCACAUUGAUUCACUGGAUAAAGCUUUUAACACUGAUGGAACAGAAAACAGAGUUCUUUCAGUUAAUAAUUCUGAACUCCUGAACACUUCUCCAUGCAAAAAGGAAAGACUUAAUGGAGUUGAAAGUGUUCAUACACCAGAAAGUAAAGGUUCAAAAGAUACAAUUGUGAAUGUAGUUGGACAGGCAUGUACUGAAAAAUAUGAUUAUAAUAAUACAAGCACCAUAAAAAAUGACACAGAUGAUUGUACAAAUGCACAGGACUGUACAAAAUUUGGUAACUCCUUAGAAGGUGUUAAAAGUCAUUACAGAGUUACUAGUCUAGACCUUGAGUCUGAUAACUUUUGCAGCACUGAGAAAAAUGUGAAGGUUGUCAGUUCUGCAGGUUGUGGUGCAGAAGUUAGCAGCUUUGAGCGGCUGAUAGACACAAACUGUAACAUGCACGUUGGAAGAUAUGGAGUCCAUGAAAAUAUUAUGUCACCCAUCCUAGGAACCACGACUGUAAUUUCGAGUGGUGUUACUGUCAUACCAGAAACAUUUUUGGAAAACUCUAUUUUGCAUAAUCCUGUCACAUCAAAGAACAAAGUUUCUUAUCGUAGUGUUCCAAAAGAUGACAUUAAACAGCCCAAAGAUGCAGUUUAUACGUGCAGUAUUUCAGAAAUAAGUAAAUGUGAGACCAAACCGUGUACAGAUGGAACUGAAGACUCAGUCAGGUCCAACAAAACUGCAUCUUCGGAUAUAUUGGAAUUAAAUUAUGACUGUAGUUCUGUUGGCUCAAGUAAUAAAAUUUUUGGUAAUGACACUCUAAGCAGUAGGAAUGCAACUGCAGAAAGUGAAGCUGAGGAUACAUGUACGGCACUAUCUGAAACAAAUGUGUGCAGACAGCCUAUUUCCAAAUCAGAUACAGUAAACUUGGAAGCUGUAUGUUCAGAGCACAGUGUUCAGAAGGGUGAUCAGCAAGCAGAUGUGUUUUGCAGCAGACUACAGACAGCUGCAGUUAAGCAGCUGAAGUCUCACUCUAAAGCUGAUAGCUCAGAUGAUAUAGUUCACGAGGAUUAUACAGCAUGGCUGUCUUCGGACAACUGGGACUUCUCAAUGAUUGAAGAAAAGGCAACAGGAAAUGCAGUUUUGGAGAACAAAGAGGAACUAAGCCUGGACACUUUCCAAAGAUGUGAGAUCAUAGAGCUAAGGAGUAAAAAGAAAUGGGAGAAAAUAGUUAAGCUGCGUUCCACACACAGUAAAGCCAUGACAUCGUGUCUGCUUCAGGAUUCCUGGGCAGACAGUGAGUUGGAAGUUGGUGACAUCAUAAGCGUCAGGGCAAGCCGUUGUGAGACAUCGUGUUGUCCUGCAUCAUGGUUUAUCAGCAAUUCUGUAGGUCUUCUUGUGCUGCACCCUGAUAUGUUGAUCUCCAGCACAGCUGUUGUCGGAUCAGUCUUCUGUUUGCGCAAGGGUGUCCUGUCAGAGUGGUUUAGAGGCAUUGAUUGUGAUUCCCGUAUCAUGAUCAUUGGUAGCCUGGUGCAUGAAUUGCUCCAAGAGGUGCUGGAACGCAAUAUCAGAACAUUGUCAGCUAUUAGGGAUGUGACUCAAGAACUGCUGAAUAGAUCAGCUUGUAUUCAGAUGUUGUACUCAGCGAACAUGUCCAAGGAAGAGACAAUGAAGGAGCUAGAAAACUUUGUCCCACAUAUAGCCAACUUUGUGGACAUGUAUGUUCAAGAUUUGGGCCAUGAGAUGGCACCACAACCCUGGAAUGAGAGCAAUAAUGUUGAGAAGUUCAGUGGGACCAUCUGUGCCAUUCAUGACAUAGAAGAAAAUAUUUGGGCACCAGAGCUUGGAAUGAAGGGAAAGGUGGAUGUCACAGUGGAAGUUAAAAUAAAUAGACACAAAAAGGAUUUAACUAAGAUUAUGCCAUUAGAAGUGAAAACUGGGCGUCCAUGUUUUUCAGCUGAACAUAAAGGUCAGGUUACACUGUAUGCAAUGAUGAUGUCACAGCUAGGCAGAGAGGUGGAUUCUGGGAUGUUGUUGUACCUGAGGGAUGGAAUAAUGCAAGAGGUGAAAGCUGGUAAUAAUGAGUGGAGGGAUUUGGUACUACUUCGCAACCAACUUGCCUAUUUCAUCACGAGAUUACCUACUGUGGUGGACAGUGGCACUGGAUUCAAACCCCCACACUUGCCAGAACCAAUAAAUCAUCACAGUGCUUGCAGCAAAUGUCCAUAUCUAACAAUAUGCACUUCAUUCCUUGGGCGUGACGGGUUGUCCAACCUCUCUACAAGUAAUCCACUGGCAGAACUUGCUAGCGCUGCAACUUCCCAUCUGUCUGCAUCACAUGUUGACUACUUGGUUCACUGGACAGGACUGUUACUUCUUGAAGAAUCACAGACUUCUGGCCCCAUCUGUCAGAAGGAUGUGUGGUGCAUGAAUCCACAGCAGAGGGAAAAGCGUGGUAAGAGCCUUUGUUCAAUGGUUGUCACUGGCAGGGUGAUGAUGAGUGGUGAUUCCUGUGUUCACACCUUUCAGAAGGAUUGUAUCUCGUUCCAAGAUCUCCGUACAUCUGGAUUGACAGUGGGGGAUUAUGUCACUGUGAGUACCGAUGCCCAGUUGGCCGUGGCCACAGGCACGGUCUGUGGCAUCACUCACAGCACCCUCACACUGUCACUCAACAGGGAUUUAAGAAAACGUAGUUCCAGUUCAUGUUUUCACAUUGAUAUAUACACAUUGCAGAAUGGCAAGGGAUUCAACCUUACAAAUCUUGGCUGUUUGAUGAAUAACACAGAUGUGGCAGCUAAACUUCGCAAACUCAUUGUUGACAGAGAACGACCCACAUUUGUGGAAAGACUUCGAUCUAGCAUCUUGCGUCCAGGUCGUCCAAUCUUGGAGCCCUUGAACAUGUGUCAGCGUCGGGCUGUACUGAAGGCUCUUUCUGCAAAUGACUACUUUCUAAUCAAGGGCAUGCCUGGUACAGGUAAGACUGCCACUAUAGUGUCAUUGGUAGAGUUGCUGGUGAAAUUGGGACAGUCUGUAUUGGUGACAAGUCAUACCCACACAGCUGUAGACAACGUCCUGCUGAAACUUGCAGCCAGGAAUGUGGACCUGCUUAGACUUGGUUCAUCUAGUCGUAUCCACCCACAGCUCCAAGUGAAGAGCGAAGGGGACCUCAUUUCAAAUUGUGUUUCACCAACUCAAAUGGAGGCCUUAUACAACAGCAAGCCUGUGGUUGGCACCACUUGCUUGGGAGCAGGUCACCCUCUGUUUGCUCGGCGAACUUUUGAUGUCUGCAUAGUAGAUGAAAGCACUCAAGUACUGCAAAUCUCAGUGCUGCGUCCACUCUUCAGUGCCAAGAAAUUUAUACUCAUCGGGGACCCUGAUCAGCUGCCUCCCCUUGUAAGAAGCAAAACUGCAAGAGAUAUGGGCAUGUCUGAGAGUCUGUUUGCAAGACUCGAUUCUCCUGAUGCAACAGUAUGCCUUGAUGUUCAGUAUCGUAUGAAUCAAGCCAUCACAGAUGUUGCCAAUGGCAUCGCAUAUAACGGUCAGUUGAAGUGUGGCAAUGAGCAGGUGUCCAAUGCAACAUUACAGCUGCCAGCCCUCCAUAUGGUUACAGAAGAAUUGGAGUCGGAGACCUGGCUCCGUCCUUUGUUAUCAGAUGCCAUGAACCACUCAGUUCUGGUCAUCGAUACUGGUCCCAUUCCAAAGAAACUGACAGAUGACAGCACCUCAGCAUCUGUGAGUCUCGAUCAUGGCCUAGCGAGUGGAAGUAACGAAAAAAGUCUGAAAAGUGGCAUAAAAAGUAAUGAUGUACUGACUUGUGAUGAACUCAGCAAAGUGAUUAAAGAAAUUAAUGAUGAGGAAAGGGCAUGCACGAACCUAUAUGAGGCAGCUAUUGUUCAGCAUAUUGUAGCAGUAAUGAUGAAGGGUGGUGCAGAAGGCAGCAGUAUAGGUGUGAUUGCACCAUUUCGUGCCCAGGUAGCACUGCUGCGGAAGCUGGUUGCCUGUAGCACUGAUAAAGAUGUGGAAGUGAACACAGUUGAUCAAUAUCAGGGCCGAGACAAGGAUAUUAUUAUCUUCUCUUGUACAAAGACUGAUUAUGCACCCAAGAAAUCAUUGCCUGCCAAAAAUAAGGAAAAUGAAAUACUUGGAGAUAAAAGAAGACUGACAGUGGCAAUUACACGAGCAAAACAUAAAUUGCUUAUUAUCGGAGAUGUAAAAACAUUACACAGAUAUCAACCUUUCCGACGUCUUUUUGACUGUCUGCCAUCAGAGCAAAUGGUUGUUCUUUCAGAUGACAGCACUAAUUUUGAAUGGAAUCGAUUAAUGAUGAACAUGAGAAAGUCCACUGAUGGAAUAUGCCUAUUAUGAAUGCAUUUUUAAGUAGCAUGUCACUUAUUUUGUAAUUAUUGUAUUUUGUUAUACAUUCCAGUUUUGAUAACCACACAGAAGACUGGAACGUUAAUUUUUUGCAGAUGUGAACUUGAUAACCCAAUCUUUUACAUACACAGCAUAAUUUGUUUUCAGUAUAGAACAUUGCCUGUUUUUGUAAUAUACACUAUGUGAUGUACAAUAUGAUUUCCAAGCUUGAAAAUUGUAUUU